GGUACCGGCGGUGGGACCGGCACCUGCCCCGCCUCGGGGGUGCGCUGGCAGGAAUGCCCGGCUGGGAGGUAGGCGACUGAAUGGCGGGCAUGGAAGGGAGAGGACCCUACCGCAUCUAUGACCCUGGUGGGAGCACGGAGGAGAAUGGAUCCACGGCCUUUGAGCGGCUGGUGGAGGAGAACACCCGGCUGAAGGAGAAGAUGCAGGGGAUCAAGUCUAUCGGAGAGCUGCUGGAGGAGUCCCAGGUGGAGGCAUCCAAGUUGCGGCAGAAGGCGGAGGACCUCGUGAAGGACAACAAAAUGCUGAUGGCCUCAUCCUCUUUGCAGGACCUGGUGGAAACUGGAGCCGUCGGCCCUGAUCCCAACUCCACACGGGCCACCCCAGGCAGCGCCCAGCCGGAUACAGAAGCACGGAAAUCUCCUCCAAGUGGAUCCUCCUCGGAGUUCGAGAUCGUUGCUGUUGAAGCACAGGGGUUUCCUCAGGAGACCGGGAGAGCAGACUUGGAGCAGCCACCGAAUGAGGAUGCCAACCUGCUGCCCCAGCUGCAGCAGCUGGAGAGCACACUGAGCGGCUGUGCCAAGGAGGCCAGCAAGGACCAGGUCUUCGUGCGCAUGGGCUACAUGGCCUCCGAGCUCAAGCGCCUGGCCUCCAAGGUGCACAAGAACGAGCAGAGAACAUCGUUCCUGCAGACGCUGUGUGAGACGCUGCACAGUGAGAACAAGGAGCUGCGAACCAAGCUGGAGCGGGACCUGGAGCAGAGAAACCAGGCACUGGAGAAGCUCAGGUGUGAGAACCAGGAGCUCCGGAGGAUGGUGACGCUGAGCAGCCAGGACAGUGGGAAGAGGGAAGCUGCUGAGCAGCAGCAGCAGAGCGGGGUCUCGGUGGAGAAGGCGCCGGGCAGAGGAGAGCUGGAGGCCAAGGAGAAGAAGGUGAAGAUCCUGGAGCACCAGCGCAGGGAGCUGCUGGAGGUGAAUAAGCAAUGGGAUCAGCACUUCCGAGCCACAAAGCAGAAGUACGAGCAGAAGGUCACAGACCUGCACCAGGAGCUGGCCGAGGCCCGCAGGGCACUGACCGAGCUGGAGUCGGAGCGGGAGCAAAAGCAAAGGGAUUUCGACCGCAAGCUGCUUCUGGCCAAGUCCCGGAUCGAAACAGAGGAGGCGGAGAAAGAGAGGCUGGCCAUGGAGGUGAGGGACCUGCAGCAGAGGAUGCGGUUCCUGCAGGAGCAGCUGGCUCCGGUCACCCGACAGCGAGAAUACCAGGAAAAGGAGAUCCAGAGGCUGAACAAGGCGCUAGAGGAGGCCCUGAAUGUCCAGGCCUCCCCACCACCCAUCUUCGCCAACACCAUGGAGCUGGCAGGGAAGGUGCCGCAGCAGGAGCUGCUGACCCAGAACGAGCUACUCAAGCAGCAGGUGAAAAUUUUUGAGGAGGACUUCCAGCGGGAGCGGAGUGACAGGGAGAGGAUGAACGAGGAGAAGGAAGAGCUGAAGCAGCAGCUAGAGAAGCUGCAGAAGCAGUUGGUCCUCUCCAACAACCAGCUGCGAGCCUCCAAGGACGACUGCCAGAGGGAGAAGGAGGAGAAGGAGAAGCUGAAGAAGCUGCUGAAACAGCACAAACAGGCUUCCGGAGAGAGGCUGCACCCCGAGCCGCUGCCGGGGCCACUGGCCCCUGCCUGCCCCAUGUACCAGUACCAGUACAGUCCCCCCGUGGCUCACCCCAUGUACCAUGGCUUUGAUGAGUGGCAGCAGAUCCGAUACCCGCCAGCGAUGCCAGGCGAGCACACGCCAGGACAAAACUUCCACCAUUUUCCCCCGCCCGAGUACCCGUGGCGCCCACCCUGCGCCAUGGCUCGCAGCCAGAACGCCCAAGCAGUGGCUGGGGUGAAACCGGUCCCCAAGGACUUGGAACAGGCAGGUCCCGGAUUGCCCUAACGCCAAGGACCAGCUGCGCUGCGAUACCAGUGG